AUGACCGAGUACCUUGCCGCACUGCGCACAAAUGGGGAGAUCUUAUUAGAUAAUUGCUUCUCCGCAAGGGGAAAGGCAACUGAAAGGAUAGGACAGGCAUCCUUCCUUUAUCCUCCCUCCAACUGCCAUCGCUGCGUAAGUUAUGAUCAAGUUAGUUCUCAUACCUCUCGUCCCCAUACGAAAAUAGUGUCGUACAUUUUUUAUGCUAAAGCGAACAAUGAAGAGACCAUGUUAGGAUCACACAAUACAUACGGAGAAGGGCUACUGAAGGAAGAGGACAAAAUCUGCGAUAGGAUUACAUAUGAUGUAAGGAGAAGCAACCAAGGUGCUUUAUUUUACUGCGUGGAGAAUGAAAAACAAAAUGGAAGACGUAAACAUUUCAGUGACAACUGUGAGUAUCACGCUGAUCUGAACAUGUCGAAGAAAAGAGGAUCCCCCCUUAUUCGUCUAAUACUAUACAGGAAGAAUAAAAAUACGCUGUACGUUAUAAGUACGAGCAGACCGCCAUUCAAUAGUAAACUGCAGAAAGUAAAAUACGAAUUGCACUCCCACACGUGGAACGUGCGGAGUAGACACUUCAGUGGACUACUGGAACUUACUUUAAAAUGGAGAAGAAGAUGGUUCUGCGGAUAUUCGAAAAGGAUAAUUUCAUCGAAUCAAAAAAUAUGCCUCAUACGAUUUUUUAUGCCAAUGUCGAAAUGGUGUGAGAAAAAAUUAAAAAAAAUUCAUACUUUUCUUCUAACGCGAAAGAAGUUGCAAACAUGUAACACAGUGAUAAGUAACAUGAGUGUUCAUAGACGAAGAGUGCCCUCCCGAUUUAUGGCAAGACGCGAAGGAAGUUGUGGAAAAAUGAAUGAACGAAGAGUCCACCUAUGUGUUUGCCAUUGCACCGUUUUAAAUAAUUACAAUUUGGACUCCACUUUGGGAACGAAAAAGCAUAAAAAUGGAAUAAGGGAUGAUUGCCACGACUUAAAAUCGCCCUCUAAAUCAAUCUAUUCGACGCAUUUAUUUUUUCAUAAUUCUUUAGAGAAUCAAAAAAUGGAAAAAAACGCACACGUAGCUUCUUCUUCGCAGUUCCCCUAUACUCUGUACAUGCUGGGGGUUGUUUUUGCCGAAUCGGCACAUCACUGCCGUCAGUUGGGAGUGAAAGAAGGUGGAAAAAAAACAUGUAAUGUCUUGAAGGUGAAAUUGAUGGCAUCACAAUCAGGGGUACUGAGCCAGAUCCAAUGCGAUGCUAAUAACAUGUGUGAAUAUGGAGGGACUUAUAGCCAAGUGAGUGUCUACAAAAUUACAGAAAUGAAUUCCCCUAUUAACUCUAAAUGGAGGAAAAUUCACAUGUAUAUAGUGCCUACCAACAGUUACAGUUUUUCAGAUUUGUCCGAACUGUUAGGCGCUAUCAUUACAGAAUACGUCCAAUUGAAUUGCAAUUUGGGGAUGGCAGAGGUAGCGCUUGUCUCUCCAUUACAGCACCAGGGGAAGGAACUUUUUCUUUAUGCCCCACCGUACAAACACCUGGAGAUUCAAACUCAGUGUUCUGCAAAUGUAUCCUUGUUGAACAACCCUCUUAUUUUUGAUAAAAAUUAUCUCAAGGAGAUUGAUCAUGCGAAUUGUUAUCUGUGCCAUCUUCCUUUGGGAAAAAAAAAAAAAAACGACAAACUCAGCUGCAGGAAGUUUUCCCCUUGCAAUGUAUCAUUACCCAAUUUAUAUGCUCCUCAUUUUUCCCAUAUGGAACAUAAUAAUUACAAGUGCAAAAUUGGCAAAGGGGAGACCAUCUCACGGCAGUUCCUGUGCCUAGGAGUCGGGGGAGAGGUAACUGGACUGAUUACACGUUGGAAAGCAGAAGCCGUAAAUUAUCCAGAGAAGCUAGUAUCUGCACCUGCCAAUGGGAAGCUUCCUAUCGCUGGUAUCAUCGGCUGGAGUGAAAUAAUUUUUUUAGACAAAGGAGGCACUAUUAAUGCUACACCCUAUGCAUGCAAAUGUAGGAAUGGAUACCCUUCCUUGGCGUCCACCCAAUGGGGAAAGACGCCCGGUGGAGAUGAAACCGAAGGGACACCACCCUACUUUGACAAAUUUGUGUGGGCAUCAAAAUUGCGUGAACAAUCGCGCAAAGUCGAACUGGUGCUGUACACCUUCACGCAUAUAGUGGAACGGAUAAUCUAUCUGGCAGCUUAUUACUUGUGCUUCUUGCACUUUGUUCUUUGCAACGUUCAGUUUUACUUAACCGUUUUGGUAAAGUUUGUAGAGUCCAAGAUGCGUAUACUAAUCAGAAGGGAAAAUAAAAAAGGGGAACGUUCGUUGCUCUUUUUCGAAGAAGUAGGACUAGUGGACCAAAUAGACGAUACAGUUAAUUUCGAAAAUGGAGAGGUCUCAUCAAAAAGGAUGGUCCUUCUCCCUGAUUACGAUAUGUCACACGGGAAGUAUUACAGCACUAAGAGUAGAAGCAAGGAAUAUCCCUCAGUAGCUAAGUUGUUGCCGAAAGGGCAUAACAAAAAUGGAAGGACUAUUUUGUACACGCAUCCUAUGCGUACGGAACCUGCCGAAGGGUGUGUCGGCGGAAUAAGUAAAAGCCUGGACAGUUUGUUCUUUCCAAAAGGGGCACCCCCCCGCGGAAGCCGUAGAGAUUUGAGCAAGGAGGAUGUGCUCACGCGUCAGUGCGAAAAUAAGAAGGGGACGAAGAAAGAAAUGUGUAUCAGUGUGAUCAGGGAAACAAAUAUGCAGGAGGGAAACAAAAGGGGCACAUUCAAACGCAAUGCAGAGUAUUCCCACUUGGGGGACUCUUCCAAUUGUGAACAACUGGUUAACACCCCUGAUAGGAACCAUUUGUGUAGCUCCUCUUACACACCCUGCAAAUCGGUGCUGUUCUUGUCGAACAGCUCGAAUAAAAGGUGCUCCAGAGGGAAGGGCACAGAAGGCAACAGGGGAAGGAGAAAAGGAGAGAAUAAGAGAAAAAAUGAGCCAAAAGGUAAUCAAGAAAAGGGAAGAAAAAACAGAGAUGAUGGAAAGGGGUCGGGAUCGCACAUGGAGUCUGAUUCAGAGUCCAGCUCGGGUGAGGAAGAAGAAAGUGAAGAAGAGUCGGAAGACGAGGAUGAAGAAGGAAAGGAGGAAGAGGAGGAGGGAGGCGAAUUCGACGUCGGAGAUGAAAACGAGGAAGAGGAAGAAGGUAAGGAGGGGGACGACGACAGUGAUGACGAUGAAGAGGUCGAGGAGGACGACGCGGAAGAAGAAGACGAUGAUAAUGACGACAGUGAUAAUGAUGACAGUGAUAAUGAUGACAAUAGUGAUGAUGAAGAGGAUGAUGAGCCGGAGGAGGAAACCGAUGAGGACGAUCCUCCAGAUGAGGAGGGGGAAAGUGACGUGGAGGAGGAAGAGGACGAAGAUGGGGAUGACGGCGAAGACCAGGCGUAUCACAAGGGGGGAAGUAAAAAGAGGAAAAAAAAAGGCAAAAGGGGAAAGGAGAACCAAUUUAUGGACGAAGAACAGUCGGAAGGGGAAAUACACACAGACGACGACAAACACGAUUAUCAUUCCAAUCAUAGUAACAACAAUUAUGAGAAAAAAAAAAAACUGUAUCUGAAGAAAAAGAAUAAAAAGUUUAAGCACAGAUACGUGUACCUUAACAAUCUAUUCAAAGACAGCAUCUGUAUAAACACCACGAAUGUGUCCAAUUUCAUAACAGUAAGUAAGGAUAAACUGACUGCCACGUAUAGCGCAUGGGGAAAACACACAGACAUUGCAUGCGUUCAGGUAAAUAAAUGUGCAUCCAGAGAUUGCAGCAUAUACUAUUUUGAAGUGGAAGUAUUAAGUUGCUCCAAUUUCUCCAAAAUUGUGAUAGGCAUGACGAGCAAAAACUACACAAUUAACAAAAACCCAGGAUCGGAAUAUAACUCCUUUGGAUAUAAAAAUGAUGAUGGGAAAAAAAUUAUCGAUAGCAAAUUAGAAAGUUAUAGCAAUGGGUAUACCAAGUAUGACAUAAUCGGGUGUGGAAUUAACUAUUUCGAUAACAGUGCCUUUUUUACAAAAAAUGGGAAGUUUCUAGGCAAAGCCUGCAAUGUGAACCCCAAGUAUGAUUAUUAUGCCACUGUUGGAUUGACUACCCUAGGGGACAAAAUCAAAUUUCAUCUGAACAAUUUCUACUUUGAUAUUUACAAUAUGAUUUACGAAGAAUGCGAAAAGGAAAGGAAAAUCAUCAAGUCCAUUUAUAUUCAGAAAGACAUUUUUACUGAUGUUAUUAAAUCGCAUUUGAUAAAGUGUGGCUAUUUUAAUACGUAUAAAUCGUUUGUGGAUUUUAUGGAGAAGCAUAAAAACACGGGGGACAAUGGUAGCAGCGUCGGGGGGUCCUCCAACAGUAAACACUCCCUGGAUAAGUUCUUUGCGGGCCAGGCGGACGCACCCGGGGAAGACCAAGCAAAGAAGGAUGAAACGAAAAAGUGCCAAGUAAAAAAGGAUGAAGUAAAAGAGGGAGAAGGGAAGGACAAACCCACGUGCGACCCCACACACAACAGAGACGAUACUCCUAGCAGGAGUCUUCAAAGCAGCCAAACAAAGUGCGAGGAACCCCUAACUCACCUUUCACAAGCUCAAAGUAGCAAAAACAAGCAGGAUGAUGAAGAAUCCGAAAAACAGAAAGGCAAAGCGGUAGAAAUGACAGGUGAUCCCAUUCAGAAGGAAGAUGAGUCUCUGUCCAAAACUUGUGCCCGCAGCAGUGAGGAACCGAAAAAUACGAGCCCUCCAAAAAUGGAAAGAAAAAAUUCCAAGGAGGAUCAAAAUGACGAAAAGGACAAAAACGUUUUUAACGAAUUUCUAAUUAACUACCUAGACGUGUAUGAAAAACUGAACAAGGAGGGAAAGGGCGAAAGCAGGGACAAAACGAAAGAGACAGAGCAAGUGGGAGAAACGGGCAACCCGACCCUCACCCCAAGCAGUCCACUCAGAAGUGAUAAAAAUGAAGGUGAGGAUAAACAGGCGGGAGAUCCCAAAUCUGCAACUGAUGACACGAAAGGGGAUAGCCAUCCAGUGGGUGAUGUCACGGGAAGUAGCAACAGGGAAGAGAAGCCGAAUAGUCCGAGUGGUGUAGAUCAGCAGAAGGUAGAUGCGAACACAGAGGGUGUCACACCCCUCAUCGAUGCAGCCCCGCCAACCGUUGAACCUCCCCCCUCCGGAGGCGAAAUCCUCCCUUCGAGUCAGACGCAGGCAAAGGAGGACCCCACAGAGGAAGUAGAAAAGCAAACGAUCAGCGAUCUCACGGCCAACAUCCUAAAGAGCUACGAAUUUAGCCAAUACAACUACCCUCCCGCAAAUUUACAAAAUACACUAUGGAUAUCGCGUAAAAGCAGUCUUGGCAAUUUAUUAAACGUAAGAAAAGACUCCAACACGGUACUACUAAAUCGGUUAAGAGGUAAAAGAAGUCUGAACUUGAAAGAAGAUUUGAAUAUUUUGGCUACGAACUUUUUUAAUACCAAAAAGGAAGCGAGAAAAAGUGAAGGAGAUAUUAACAAAAGAAUUCAGCUUCUGCUACGAGAAAAAUCAGGAAUGAUUAAAAAUGAAAGUUUAAAAAAAUUAAAUAAAAAAGAAGGAAAGGGAUACUCAGCAGAUAAGGAAUACAUUACUAAAUAUUUUGUCAAUUUGUACCUGUCUGAAGAUAAGCUAAAAAAAAUGGUGAACUCACUGCAGACAAGACACAUCAUACGAAAUAGCAUUCUCAGUGGAAAUAUUAUACAGGUGCUGAAUAUCCUAGAAGAGGAGUACGCAGAUUUGUUAACCAACGAGAGGGGAAGUUUUCACAUUGCCAUGUUGUACACGCAACAGCUGAUCGAGAUAUUGAAGCCGAAUAAAAAAUUUAUUAAAAAAAUUUCUUUGAGAAAAAAAAAGUGUAAAAAAUUGGGAGGCUAUGAUAUAGAGGAUGAUCUUCUCAGUGAAAUGAGUUACAAAACGUAUGAUACUUUAAGUGAUGACCAUUUUUAUGAUGAUAUCAAAACGGACUGCGGGUCUUCCGAUAGUCUACUUUGUGAGAGUUCCAACGAGGAGUAUAACAGGCAUCAUGACAUAGUGCUGAAAUUGGAGAAGCUCAACAGAAGGGGGGGCAACCUCGAGAAGAUUAACAGAAAGGAGACGCUAGGAAGCUGUGACAGACGGCGUCGUAAGAAGUUAGUGGAGCAUCGCGCGGGAAGUAGCUACAAAAGUAGUGACAGUAAUGGGGAUAGAACUGAUGACAAGGGGGAGAGCAGCGUAAGCAGCGGUGAUAACAAGGUGAAGAAGGAAUCUGAAAAGAGCCCCGUGAAAGGAUCUUCAGACAACGGAAAGGGGCAGCCGUUCGACCCGUCCAACGCAAAAAAGGAAGAAGCGCGUAAGGAAGAUGAACAACUUACGCCGAGCACAGGGGAUGAUAAAAAUGCAGACCUCGCGAAUCACCCCAAAACGGAGGAACAGAAGGGAGCAGACAAUAUAGCGAUGAAUGAAACUUCGAAGGGAAAUUCCCAACUAAACAAUAAUGACCUUAUGGAGGAAAAAAAAAUCGAAAGAAUGAUAUACAGAAGCAUGAGAUCAAAUUACGAUGAAGAAUUUUUUGAAACGAACAACUUGCAAGAAGAGUAUGAACAGCAUUACAAAAAACUGUCCAAAGAGUAUGAAUUUUUUGAGGACGAUAAUCCGUACAAUAAUAAAAAUAGAAAAGAAUAUUUGAGAAAGGGAACAUCUGGAAAAGGGAGGUACUCAAAGAAAGCGCACACAUUUUCAAGUUCAAGUGACAGUGAUAGCACCUCCGAUGGUGACAGUAAUGACUCGAACUUUAAUGAAAAGCAUUACCAAUUUAAUGACAUAAAUUUCGACCAGAUAUAUCAAUACAUAUAUAAAAAUAAAACGCCAAAUAGUGAAGACGUAAAAUUUAAAAAGGAUCAUUUGUAUUUAGCCCUCUUAUGGAUUAGAGAAAAAUUGUCCCAUUUUAACACAUCACGACAGGUGAACGUGCGCCAGUGUAUCCUAGACACCACUUCGCUGAUUGCUUAUCAUAAGCCGUACAAGGAGAGACUCGUUCGCAUGUUCUUCUCGAAAAACAGAAAUUUGCUGACGUUCAGUUCUGUCAACGAGGGCAUACUGGGUCUAUGCCUGAAGGUCCCCGUGUACUCCCCCCUGGAAAUUAUGGUGAAGCACCUCAUACUGUGCAGAAACUUGCUGCGAGAAAAGAAGGGAAACAUCGGGAUCAAGUAUGACUGCCGCUACGUGUGCCAGCCGUACAAACGAUACAUGAUUAAAGUUAAAAACAACAAAAAGAAGAGAAGAUACUUCAAGGAAGCAACAAAGCAAAAGAAUGAGAAGGGAUCCCUAAAUGGAAAAAUUAUUGAAGAUAACAGAAACAGCACCAAUGGCAAGGUUUUUAUGCCGUUUUUUUAUAACUAA